CCGCUGCCCGUCCUGUUGUGACGCUCGGUACGUGCUCGACGUCACGUCAAUGUGGGCUGGCCGGAGCUUCACGUUACCGGUCUCGACGUCAGAUGUUCAAAGAGUGAAAUUAAUUUGUCACAAACGGAGGUCACGGCAGUCAAACAGCAACAUUUCUAAGGAAGAUGGAUCCAAAGGACGACAAGAGAAACGCGUCACGCUGCAGCAGCCCUGUUUGUGUGCACAACCCCCACCUGGAUGCACUGAAAGAUGACAUCCUCUACCACUUCAGUUUAGGAACCGGGACUCACAACCUGUCAGCCAUGUUUGGUGAUGUCAAAUUUGUGUGUGUUGGGGGCAGUCCCUGGAGAAUGAAAUCAUUCAUUGAGUACAUUGCGGCUGAGCUGAGUAUGGAAGACCCCAAAGCAGAUUACCCAAAUAUCUGUGCUGGGACGGACCGCUAUGCCAUGUACAAAAUAGGCCCUGUGCUCUCCGUCAGUCAUGGAAUGGGCAUCCCAUCUAUUGCCAUAAUGUUGCAUGAGCUAAUAAAGCUCCUCCAUCAUGCACAAUGCACAGAUGUUACAAUUAUUCGCAUUGGGACAUCAGGUGGAAUAGGGCUUGAGCCUGGCACUGUUGUUGUCACCAAGCAGUCUGUGGAUCCCACCUUCCUGCCCAAGUUUGAGCAGGUGAUCCUGGGGAAGACGGUGGUGCGCAGUACUGAUCUGGACCAAAGCCUGGCUGAGGAGCUGUUGCAGUGCAGUAAGGAGCUGAACCAGUUUGAGACGGUGAUCGGCAAAACCAUGUGCACACUGGAUUUCUACGAAGGACAAGCCCGUUUGGAUGGUGCGUUCUGCUCCUACUCUGAACAAGAUAAACGGGACUACCUCAAUAAAGCCUACGAAGCAGGAGUCUGCAAUAUUGAAAUGGAGUCAUCAGUUUUUGCUGCCAUGUGCAAACUGAGUGGUCUCCGAGCGGCUGUGGUUUGCGUGACACUGCUGGAUCGGCUGAAGGGGGAUCAGCUGAAUAGCUCUCAUGAAGUCCUUCGUGAUUACCAACAACGUCCUCAGAUACUCGUUGGGACCUACAUUAAGAAGCAGCUCAAGGCCAAAGCAGCACGAAGCUGAGUGCAACACAUGCAAGCUGGCAAAAUCUGGGAAUCUUCUCUGGAAACUUAUAAACCUGUAUAAAUCUUAUCACUGCAAAAUGUGCAAUACAGUAACUCAGCUUUAAACAUUUUUUUUGUAUACAUUCUUUACAGCUCACCAGUUGCCAUACCUUUUUUAAUAUGUCUGAUAUAAUCGCUGAAUUUUUUUAACUUGUGCUCUCCUUUCUGUUUAUCCUUUGACACUUAUUUAGCCUAUUGAUUUCACUAUCAUAAUACACCAGCAUGCACUAUUUUACUUUUGUUUACUCUUGUAUUUAACUUAAAUACAAUUGAACCGAGUGUUAUAUUUUAUGUCGCAGCCUGUGCUCAACAAAUGUGUCUUAAUUAAGACUGUUUUAUACAACAUGUCCAGUUCCUUAUCCAUAAAACUUGAAUCACUUCACGGCUUUUCAAACUGUCAAUACGAGGUUCCUUCUUUCAUGAAAACCAAAAUAUUUCAGUAAUAUUGAUUAAUGUGUGUCCUUGUGAUGGUUGCAAAAUGUAUGCAGACUGUAGGUUGUCUUGUUUGUUUUCAGUGUUUCAUUCAGGACCUAAAUACUGUAACAAAGUCUUCAUCAUUUCAAAGGAAAAUAAAAUUCCACUGGAUGUCUUAUUUCUAAUAAAGCUUUAUAUAAUAUGAA